AUGAUUUCUCAUACUAAUACAAAAACGUCAGAAAGACAUAGUAAGUCUUUUAAUAGUAUUAAGAAACCUGCUAAGCUCAACGAUAAGAAUUCAGAUAUUGUUGGUUUAAAUAAUUUAUUCACUGGUUCUAUAACUAGUAAUAAGUUUACAAGUGUCAAGGAAUUCGAUAGUAUAAAGCGUGAUCAAGCAAAUGGCGUACAAGUAAAGGAAUCUCAAGAAAAAGGUACCAACAAUAGCAACAACAAACACAAAGAUAUAUUAAUUACAAGUUCUAGCAAAUCUUUGAGUCCAGUUCUGACUUCCAGAAGUAACGUUACUGUUGAGAAAUCUACUUUGGCUAAAGAUCCUGAAGGAAAUUCAAAGUUUUCAAGGGACGCACAAGCCAAAGGAAACCAUUUAUAUCAAAAUAACAGUAUCAGUCUCCUCUCCAAUCCAAUGGCAACACAACCAUUAGAACCCAUUCAUGAAGAAACCACUGACUCAUACCAACAAUUAAAAACUAUACUCGAUUCUUCUCCAAAUAAAUUAACAGAGAACGAUGUACAAGAUAUGCUAUUAAGCUAUACAUUUGCAAGUGGUUCACCAGAUGAAAAGUUACUUUCAUUUCAAAAAUCACAACAAGCAAAAUAUGAAGAACAGCAGAACAAAAAGAAUGCAGACCCAAAGAACAAAAUGAAGUCCAAGUUUGCAAAUAUUAUAUUUGCAAUCAUCGCAUUCAUUAAAAAUAUCCAAGAUAUCUUGUACCAAUACUUAUGUAUAAUAAUUUUUAAUAUAUCUGUGAAGUUCCCAUUAGUUGUCGGGAUUUUAAGGUAUGUACUCAUUCAUUGA